UGUGUUCACCGGAAAUAGAUAUAAACAAAGCGGAAGUAGUGAAAGAGAUAACCUCAAUCAUUUUUUCUAGCUGUGCCGAGGCAAUUUGACUGAGUCUUUUUGUAUCAAACUGGCCUUUAUUCCCCGCAAAGACGCCGAAACAUGGAGAGAUAGUGUUUGUUUUAUUGGAUUGUCCCUGUAAACGAGAAUCUAUCACUCCUGUGCUCAUCUUGUACCGUCACUCCGGACUCUGACACACACACUGCCACACACACACACACACACACAACAGUUUAGCCUCUUGUGAAACUCCAGAGUCCCGUCUCUUUACCUGUGGCCACCAGCAUGGCUAACAGCACCGUAACAGCAGUGAAGGUUGGGACCCCUGGCCCUGCUGGCAGGACUAGUCCAGAGGGAUCUCAGGUGCUCAGUAAGAAGAAGCUGCAGGACCUGGUGAGAGAGAUCGAUCCCAAUGAGCAGCUGGACGAAGAUGUUGAGGAGAUGCUGCUACAAAUUGCAGAUGACUUUAUAGAGAGCGUUGUGACAGCGGCCUGUCAGCUGGCUCGCCAUCGCAAGUCCAACACCUUGGAGGUGAAGGAUGUUCAAUUACAUCUGGAGCGCCAGUGGAACAUGUGGAUUCCUGGUUAUGGCUCCGAUGAGAUCCGGCCGUUCAAGAAGGCUUGCACCACAGAGGCUCACAAACAGAGAAUGGCACUGAUCCGCAAGACAACCAAAAAGUAGCAAGACUGUUGACUGAUAUGUUGUACCCACUCUGUGUAUUGUCUUUAAUUUUUCCCUUUUCAGUUGUUAUGUUUUUUGACUAAUAAGGAAGAAAAGGAUGGUUCGGGUGCAGUUAUUUUUUCAUUUGAUAUUAGAUAGUUUCCUUGUCAUGUCUCUAACUUUUUGAGUACUUUGCCACAUCCAUCACACCAUAAUGUAAUUCUCGUAUCUGAUUCUGUUUUGUUGCCAUUAAGCUGAGCCUGGCAGAGCUCUAUUCAUUGCAAUUUUUUCAAUAAACAUUUACUGGAAUACUU